AUGUCUCAACCUACACAAAAAGAUAUUCAAAAAAGUUUUCUUUUCAAAGUAAUAAAUGAAUCCACCAAAACAAAAGAAUUGAAAGAAAUCGAUGAAUUGUUUGAAUUAUACAUAAUCAAAGAAUUAUUAAAACUCUGUGAACCAAACAUAAAUAAUAACAAUUUUAAAAAUGAGAGAUUUAUUGUUUAUGAAAUCCUUAAAAAAAUGAAAAAGGAAACAACUUCAAAAUUAAUUGAAGAUAUAACUGAAACUUGUGAAAAUCAUGGUCUUGAUAGUUAUAUUAAACAUUGGAAGAAUAGAGAUAUUAAUAAUGCAAUUAUACAAAUUAGAAAUAAUAAUAAACAUUAUUCUCAUAACGUUUAUGGAAAUAAAAUUAGUUUAAACAAUACAGAAUCGAAAAAAUUAUUAGAUGAAACUGUAAGAGAUAUUAAUACUGAUUUUGAUUAUUAA